UGCUGAAUUAAUACUAAAAAGUAUAAAUGAAGUGGAGCCCCAAGUCAACUCUGUACGAUGAUUCAGCACUUACAACCUUACCUAAAGCACAUUAAAUAUAAUGCUAUAGAAAAAGAAAAUGUCUGUAACUUUUAAUGGGAGACAGCUUGAGGCUACGACUAUCCUGUAUACAUAUGCACCUUUCCUCAGGUGAGUGCCUACAUGCACAGCCCUGCUGCUGAGGUAUGAAAAGCACACGAGCACUUUAAAGCAGAAAUUCAGUCCUUAGUGAAACACUUUGGUUGCAUGCAUAACCAGCUACACUUUGGUCAUGAUUGCCUCAGUGUUUUCUCAGCAGCCCUUGACUCUCUUCCCUAUGGGAUCUAUUACUUAUGCCUUGUGUUUUAGUUCUUUUCCCUGUACUGGCAUUUCUUUGGCAAGCAGAACCACGUUUGCUCCUAAUGAAAGUGUUUCUCCCUUUUGCUGUUCAAGCACAUUUUUGUCUUCAAGUUCUUUUCUCCUGGACUUCUUUCUUUUUUUUUGGCCUGACAUACGUGAGGAUCACACUCGUGUUCAGGGUGGCAGUUCUUGCUGUCUAGCAAAAACAUACAAAAGUGCCACAUUAACAUCAGUAGCCAUUAUUCAUUACUGCUAUUAGGGUAAUAUUUAGCCCUCCUAUUUACUGGAAUGCCCUCAUUAAUCCUGCUUUCCAUUUUUUUUGUUAUGAUCAAAUACUUCCAAAUUUUUAAUACUUGCUUUAAGAGACUGUCAAUUUAUAGAGCUGUGUUCUGUGGGGAAAUACAUCACGUGAAGCACCAUAUUCUAAGUGUUCCUUUGGUCAAAUGGGAGCUCUGUAGGCAAUCAAGUUCUGUACAUUUAAACUUCAGAGUUCACACGUGUAAAUGUGGCUAUUUGUGAUAACUGAUAGAAUUAUUACACAAUAAUUGUUCAUGUGGAUUAGUCCUCAGAGGGGGACGAGGUGCAUUCAGACAUUUCAGAUGCCACUUUAUCUGCAGCUCAGUGGCUGAUGAUACCAUGGCAGAAACGACGAUUGCUACAGAAGUGCUACAGCUGACAAAGUCACUGCACAGUGCCCAUGAGAUACAACGUGAGCAAUGGGACCCUGUCAAAGAUACUGCUUCAAGCAUUGCAUUUUGUUGCUACUCUUUCAAACUGUCAUGAAAGUUGCAAUUUAAAGGACUUAUGCAUAAUACACAAUGUGUAUCUGACCAAAACUGUUAUCACAGAGCACACAGUGCACAUAAUUAACUUAUAGUUUAGAGAAAGUCACAAAAAAGAAAGGAGAUAAAAACCCAUCUUCUUAUUUACACACAAAAAUAUCACAGUGCCAGGAAAACUUUACUUUUCCUGAAGCUUUACUGAAUUGAUUCAAGCAAUUUCAAUUUCAAACACACUGAUUUUGUAUUCAGCUCUGGAACCACAGUGGCCAGGAUGGGGUGAAGAACUGUCAGUGACACUAUGCGCUAUGUAGCACUUUGGGUAUCCUCUCUUUGCCAUCCCGCUUUGCUGAGGCGUCUUGCUCUUUAAUAGCAAAAAAACCCACCAAAUGCACCUGGAAGCAUCUGGGACUCAUCUGAGUACUAAAAUACACAUCUGAAACAUUGCAGUAAAUAAUGCGUAUGUUCUGGGUACAAGCAUACAAUUUUCAGUCUAGAUGCCUCGUCUCAUACAUAUACGAAUAAAUACAUUUAACAAGUGCUGGUCCCUCACUGCCAUAGAGCAGAUGAAUCACAAAGGUUCCUCAAAAUUUUCAGUCUCCUUUCUGAAAGUGUUUUGUUUCUGUUUCAUUUUUUGGGGGGUCAACAAUACUCUUGUAAAUUGCUCUCACUCAUCUCACAGAAAAUUUCCCUGUCCUUCCCAACAGUGCUGUGUUCAUACCCACAUGUAUUCAUUCCCAUUUGUGCCAGCAAUUGUGUUCUAGCAUAAAUAACAUUUUCCUCUACUUCCCCAUGGUAUUAUACAGAGCAAUCCCUUUGUCUCCUUGCUGUUGGCCCCCGUUUUGUUAAGUACUUACACCAAACAUUCAGAUUGUUUUCUGUCUGAAUUGGAUUUGGAUCAGUAAUCCUGACACAUUGCAAGAGCACUGAACAGAAAUGGGUUGCCAGAACAUCCCUUUUUGUCUUGGCUGUGUUUUGUGGAACGUUCAAGGCAAUAAUCAUGGUUUAAGAUGCUGUGCCUUUCUGGCUGUGGGGCAGCUGCUAUGUCUAUAGCCCCAUUCUGCCUCGUGCUACCAGGAUUUAGAAUCUUCAGAGGCAGAAAUACAGGCGUGCUUUGGAGACUUCUACCAUGAAACCUCAGACACCUUUUGGAAUAUGGGCACUUAUUUGGUUAAUCAAAAUUCAGCUGCAAAAACGAUACCAAAAUGUUCUCACUACGUCAAAUAAAAGAACCUUCUUUAAAUACUUAAUUUACCUUUUUUAUUUUAAAGGCCGAUGAGGAAACCUGGCUAGGUUAAACCUAUUCAGUUAAAAAGCACAAAAACCAACAACCCCAACCGAGGAAUAGGGAAAAAGAAAUAAAGUGACAGUUUUUCAUUGGUGCCUGGUGGUUUUGUGCAUGGGGGGUUUUUUUGUGCAUUUUUUUGCGUUGUUUUUUUCUUUUUUUUUUAACUGUUUGCAAAUCUUCAGUGUAAUGGUUUGAAACCCAGUCGUGUCAUUUCUUUACGCCCACACACAGAGCUGCAGUAGUGCAGACACUGUAGCAGGCAAACCAUAUUACCAGCAUCGGCCAUUAAAACUCUUCCCACCCCAGGCGUGGGCUGCCUUCGCCCCCUCCUCGCCACCCACCCUUCCAUUUUCAAAUGCUUAAAAAAAAAAAAAAAAAAAAAAAAAAGAAGAGAAAGACACUGAAAAAAGGAAACAGGAUGCUGCUUUUGUUCCAACGCUAUUCCAGGGAGACCUGAACCUCUCCACCUGCCUGUGAAUUGGCCACCUAAAGGUUGUUACUGUGACACCGAUGUAAAAAAAAAUACUUCCUACUUCUAAUCUGUUUCAAGUCUUUGUCCUUGUUUCUCUCUGCUUGUACGAAGUAUUGACAGACGUGAGACUUCUGCUGAGAUGUAUGCCCCAAUAACAGAUACAUGAGUACCUGACAGAUAACCUUUGAAAUGGAGGCCCAGAAGCAUCCUGGUCUGACAGCUGCAGACCAGCCACUUCCAAACUCUUCUCACCAGCCUGCACAGGGUCCUUCAGCUCUCAGCCAAAGCAGCGCGGUUCCUCCACAGGAACAAGCACUGUCUCAACCUGUGUAUCUAAAAGCCCUCACCAUACCCUUGUACCAGCCUGUCCAGCCAGGAUGCUUCCAGCCAAGCAGUCAGCUCUUGGCCGGCAGGAGCUGCAGCAACCUGGACUGCAGUAACAUACCUCUGAUCCUGAACCCACUUGUUCCUUCCGAAGGCACAGAUCAGCCCCAGUCAGUGUUUCAGAAACAACUCGGGCAAACUCUAACACUGAACAUAGUGAGCACUUUACCAGUUUUAUCAUCACCAAAUUCUUCUGUCAACGCACCUAUUGGAAGCCCAGGAAAGUCAAAAAACGCUGGGAAAUAUAUCUGUAAACACUGUGGUCGAGACUGUUUGAAGCCAAGUGUCCUUGAGAAACAUAUUCGCUCUCACACAGGAGAGAGACCUUUCCCAUGCAUCACUUGUGGUAUUGCAUUUAAAACUCAAAGUAAUUUGUACAAACACAGAAGAACUCAAACACACGUCAACAACACGAAACUUCCCUCAGACUCUGACAACACUGGUACAGCAGAGCAAAGUGAGAAAGCAAUAGAGAGCACCACGUCACAGCAAGGCACCAAAGGACAUGGCAGCAGCUGUGAAGACCGAGGGAUGCAGAUGAAACAGGUGACUUUGGAGACCAGCACUGUAAAAGACAGUAAGAAACUUGACCUUUCAGUGCUGACAACAAGCAAUGCAUUGGUAGUUUCAGAAAGUCAAGACAGAGCUCAUCAGUCCUUCAGUUUAAAGACAGAUCAGGAAGUUUCUGAAAGAGAACCUCCAAGUUUAUCAUUUCCAGCCUUGCCAAAUGGUCAGUGCCACGUAAAGAAGAUGCAGGAGCAAAGAGCUCCAGCUGCCAACAAACAUGUUCAGUUGCAAAGGCAGCAAGCAACCUCUUCAGAAAAACAGUGGGAUUACAAGCCAUUUGACUGCAAGCUAAAGAAGUGUGAGAGCACUGACUCAGGGUAUCUGUCACGCUCUGAUAGCACGGAACAACAGUUGGCAUCCUCCAGCCCGCUGCACAGCCUCUGUGAGCACAGCGCUGAGCUGGAAAAUGAAACUGCCUUCAGCAGCUCAAGGUGCAUGGCCGGAAGCAGUGCAAAGUCUGAGCCAGCUGAGAAAGCUACAGCCUCGAUGCUAGAGAAAAAGAGGCUGGAGGAACACAUUGCAAAACUUAUUUCCCAUAACAAAAUUGUGGUGGAUGACACACAGUUAGACAACGUCAGGCCCAGAAAAACUGUCCUUUCUAAACAGGGAAGCAUAGAUCUGCCAAUGCCUUAUACAUACAAAGACUCCUUCCAUUUCGACAUCAGGACUUCCGACACCAACAGGAAAAAGAACAUCUCUCUUUGUUCAGCAAAAUCUACCUUAGCACCCGUAGAGAAAUGCAAGCCAAUGUUUUUUCAUUCAGUCCCCACACAGUUCUCCACAACGAUCGAUGCUGUGCCUGUCACACGAAGCAACUCUCUGCCAUUUGUGGAAGGCACAAGAGCAGGGCAUGACAAAGCAGGCUGCUCAAAACCCCUGUCUCUUACUAAGCAGUCUGUAAAUGCAGGUGCUGCUGCUUUGCUGCCUAGCAACAAUCUCGUGGUGAAUUCGGUGGAUUUUCCCAGCAGCCAUCCUCGAGCUCUGGUCAGACAGACAGCAGUGGAUGAUUUGCCACUAGGUAACGUGGCUGAUCAUCCUCUCUCAGAGGAGCUGCAGAUGAGUACAAGGCUUGGGACGGGAGAAACAGUCAGCACUAAAAACAAGAAACACGGUCAAAGGAAGCUAAAGAUGUUCUCGGAGGAAAAAUGGCAAAUGUACGGAGAUGAAACCUUUAAGAAAAUCUACCAAAAAAUGAAAAGCAGUCAACAUGCCAGGAAAGUCAAAGAAAAGGGGAAUAAUGUUACAGAUAUUACAGGCUCCAGUUCUGAUUCAAAGGAGUCAGUCAGCAGUACUCACAUUGUUGAAGAAAAAGAUGUCAGGAGCUCUGUAAGUGACAGCCCUUCCUCCCUUGUGACAACAAAAUUAAACACUGUUAAAUCAGAAACCGGUGCUAAUGGUAACCAUAUUCCACACAACAAGUCCUCAGAGGAAACCACAGACAGUUUAACCUAUGGAAUGGAGACAUCACAUUCAGUAAAUGUGAGCGCACAUAUUGCAGUGAGCAAAACGUCCCAAGAUUUCCGUGGCAGCAACACAGACAAACACAUGGGUGGCAACAACAACACGUUACCAGCUCCAAACAGUUCUGAGUGCAGGCUGCAAAAUACUCAGUGUCAACCCAACACUAACAGAAUGAAGGAUAACUGCUUGCCAGUACUGAGUAGCAAAUGGGAGGAAUCAAGUCCUGGGAAAGAAUCCAGUACAUUUGAAUCAGAUUAUAAAAGCACUUCAAACAAUUAUGGAAACCAUAACAGGAAUCAGGAAACUGGCCGGCAUGCCCUGAUGCCCCUGUGGGUCCACUGCAGCAACAGAGAAUCCGCAGGGAAAUCCCAGAAUUUACCAUCAGAAAGAAAAAAGCUGAAAGUUGAAGUGGAGAAGAAAGAAAACAUUAUUUCCAAGUGCUGCCCUAGCCCCUGUAGUGAAAGCAGUGCAGUAAAAGAAGCAGAGCAUGCCUGCUGCACUAUCACUCCGUGUCUUUCCACGGCACCAGUGAAACUCUCCAGUAAAGCAGAGGAGCAAAAAUUAAGCACAAGAAUUAAUGAAUCAGCUGGAGGUGCUGAGGACGUGGAUUGUACAAAAACAACCAGACUCCCCGCUAAAGUUGCUCCUUAUGGUGAAGUUAACCCUUUUUCACAUUCAGCAGGGAUCUCAAAAGCUUCAUCUGUGGGAUUUCUGAGGCCUGAAUUGAGGGGAAGCGAUUGCGAUACUUUUGCUUUGCACAACACAACAGACAAAGAUGUCAAAACACGUCCUGUGAAAACAGGAGUACAACUUUUCAGUGACAACGCUGCUAAUGCAGAUGAUGGAUUUUGGAAGAUGCAAUCUGGUCAGUUAACUCCAGUCCCAUCCAAAAAUGCCUUUUCUCCAAAAUAUAUCCUUAAAUUGCCACAAGACAAGAGAAACACUGACAUGUCAAUUCUGCUCCAAUCCGAACAGAUUACACCUUGUACUUCUGUGACAGAUUCCUUAACCAGCCCACCCUGCUCUUCCAACAGCAGAUCACCCUGUUCUCAUUCCUAUGAUGUGCUUUGGUCCCCUUUAAAGUUUGAAGUGAGACCAAAAGGCAGCAAAGGAGAACUACGAUGGAAUGUACGUGCAAACUGGAAAACUCCAGUACUGUGCUCACCAGUCAGUUCAGAAACAAGUAUCUUAACAACAGCAGAUGGCACCUUUUGUAAGGAGGAGAUUAUGAGAGGGGCUUGGAAAAACAAACAGAACAAAAACAAAUUAAAUUAUCAAAAACAAACAGAAGGAAAGUGGAUAAGCGUAACUACUUCAUCAGCACAGACCCCAAAGAAGAAGAUAUGCUUUACUUCUAUGUAUUCGAGUGGUUUUGUCAUAUCAGCCAACAUCAAAGAAGAAAAAGUUUUACAUCAACUUUGCUCAGGAGGUGACUCUUUGAUGACAACAUCAGGCCAGAGGGAAGCUUCUAGCAAGGAUGCAGAGUCAACAGCCAUGGGAUGGGACACAGGUGGAAGCCCACGUAUUCUUAGGGACAUGUCACCAACAUCAGAGGAUAUGGAGCAGUCUCAGAGCUCAAAAGAUGGCUUCACUUAUUUGUGCCAUUCCUUUGGCACAUUUUAUUGCCACGCUCUCACCACUCACUGCGAAGGAUUCCCGGCGCUAUGCAGCAAUAGCCCGACCUCCUACUCUGAAAGUUUUACAGUACUGAGCACCAAGAGCACCUUCCCAUCACUAAAUGCUGAAACUCAAUUAACCUGGUGCUGUUUAACAAAGAGCCUUCCUUUGCCUGCUGAGCAGAAAGGGAAUGCAGACUCUGCUUAUUCCUCCAUGCACACCCACAAGGAAUCCAGCAGCGAGCGUACUCUGUCAAAGUGCGAUAUUUCCAUUUUCAAAAUGAAAAAUAUUAGCAAGACUGUGGCCUAUGGCUUAACAAACAAGAGCUUAAAAGCACUGCCUUCGUCCUUCUCUCAAGGACAACAGAUGCAGGAGUCCUGCUCAGCAGCUCCUGGUUGUGCUUUCAAAAACGUAUCAGAGAAAAAGAAGAAAUCAUCAGUUUGCAAAAAGGAAAAACCAGCAACAAAUAAACUGAAGAGGAGCCACAAACAGAACAAAAUCAAAGUCCCCCCCAAAUGGUACGGAGGAAGGCACAUACAUGGAUAUACUCAGCUGAAAAUGAACCGACUGAACAAGAGACUUUGGUUUCCAAAUAGAACACUGGAUGUUUUGAAAAAGGGCUAUUCAUCACGAGCCUGCAAACUUAACCAGAACAAGUGUCAUUCUGCUCAGUCAAAGGUACAAGAAAAUUAUCUACACCAGCAAAAGGACUCAUCUUGUUCUGCCUCAGAGAAGCUGCUUUGCGUAAGGAAGAAAGGAGGAAAAAAUAACUCAGGAAUAUUUUCCCAUAUUGAAAACCUUAAACACGUUAAGCAAAACAACACGGAGGAUAAACAAGACAUUUCUGGGAAAAUCAGGGAACACACAAGAACAAGUUUCUCUUUUCAGAACGUUGCACCUCCGGAAGUACCUAUGGCAGCUCAACCCUUUCCAUUCUCAGUAAAUACAGCCAUGCAGGAGGUCAGCAGUGAUGUGGAACUGUGCCGUUUAGUGACACAACCACUUGUGCUUCAACGAUCAGCUCCAGAGGAGUCACAUGCAAACGUUCAGCCAGAGUCAAUGGCAUCUUCUCUUUGGUCUUGUCCUUUCAGUCUCACAAAUACAAUCAAAGGUGACCAAUCCGUUGGCACAAGCUCAGAGACUACUUGUCCUCUUUCCUUAGGUCUAGAGGCAAGCCAAGAAAAUGGACCGAAUGUAGAGUUAGGGAAUCAAAGCAUUGGUACGUUAGACUCAAUGAUUCAGGCUUCAGAAAGAGCAGAAGAGCAAACUGAAGAAAAUACAUGCUCAUCUUCCAAGGAAAACUCAACCCACAGUUCCCAAGCUGGAUGUUUGCAUUCACUGGGAUCGAAAGCAGCAUCUCAUCUUGAGUCAGUCUCUAUGGCUAAACUAUCCCAUACAGAAUGCACAGAGCAGGAGAACUCACAAAAAGUCCUUCACCUUCAUGGAGCUGCAGACAAGAAUGGGGCCCACCAGCAGACAGAGACCUAUGGGAGGCAGCAUGAAACAGCUUCUUCUACAUUUAAAAAGCCCUCGGUAACACUCAGGUCCCCUGAAUUCAAUAAUUACUCAGAAACACCUUCCAAGUCAUACAAAAAGAGAGGUUUAGAGAUGAUGAGGAAGCAAACCAGAGUUGAAUAUGAUGACACCAGUAGCGAUGAUGAAGAUAGGCUUGUUAUAGAAAUAUAAAUAGGCUGCUAGUUACACGCUUGCAUGAUGGCCUAUUACAUAAGGAAAUAUCAGGUAUGUUUGUAUUUCUGAAGCACUUCAGGAUCAGAAAAGCCAUUCCCCUGUGCAACACACAGCGUUCCCUUCUCAAGAGAGUCCUUUAUUCCAAGGACACAAAACUUUAAAAGUAAAACUUAACUGAAAAAAAAAGGGGGGGUGGAGGGGAAGCUGGCAUUGUAUACUUCAAUGCAAAUAUUAAGCUUGUGUUUACGACGGGUUUCCAGCACCGUUAACCUUAUUACCGGUCUCAUCUAGAAGCACUAGCUGCCAGCGGCUGUAUUAUUAAAAGCCUGCAGUGUAUUUAUGUAAAUACACACACCAACAGUAGCAGCAGCUAAGAUUGCCUGGAAGGUUAUGGACAUACUCCUAAUAUACUCUCUCUUUUUGUAGUCACUGCUAUUUGUUCUGGGAGUGGCAAACUGGCAUUGAGGGGAAAAUACAUUCCCUGAGUGUAUGUGAUACUGAAAAAGUCUGCAAAAACGCCGAUCUUCCCCCAUGUUGCACAAACAUCAAUGCUUUGUUGUGACAAAUGACACAAGCACGCUUUGGUUUGUGUUCUGUGCCUUUUAUGCCAAUAUCUACUCAAAUAUUCUUGAUUUCUAGUUGGAAAACAUGGAUGUUUGCUAUUAGUAUUUCCUUGUGGUAAAACAUCUGACAGGCUCUUAGAUGUAACUGCAAUGAUGCUAUUUUAUUGACAGCAAAGAAACUAUAUAUACCUAUAAAAAAAGCUGUACCAUAUAUUGUGUGACCAACCCCCCAGUUUACUGUUUUUUAUGUGAAUAAAUAAUCAGAUAAUUCAAACUUGA